AUGCAACUGAUUAAAAGAGUCUCCAGGCGUCUCUUUUCUACACACCCUGCGGUCCCAAAACACAAAUUCGAAAUAAGAACUCCGUUUGAUGUGUUCAGCAUCGAUGGAAGCCUGGUCCAGACCCCCUGCAACUCUGUAAAGGACACAUCUUCGGAUCUUUUUCUCAGGUCGACUGUUUUUCAUUCUGCAGAUGAGCUUCUUUCCCUCUACAAGACGAUGGUGUACAUCAGAAGAAUGGAGCUGACGGCAGACGCCCUUUACAAGACAAAAUUUAUUCGUGGAUUUUGCCAUCUUGCCAUUGGGCAGGAAGCGAUUCCAGCCGGAAUGGAGGUUGCCAUAACGAGCACGGACACUGUUAUCACCGCGUAUCGGUGCCAUGGCGCUGCUUUUGCAAGGGGAGCAUCUCUACAUUCCAUAUUUGCAGAGCUGCUGGGUAAGAAAACCGGAAUCGCUCGCGGGAAAGGAGGAUCCAUGCACAUAUAUUUAAAGAAUUUCUUUGGAGGAAAUGGAAUUGUAGGCGCACAGGUCUUCGAAGCAUACAAUAUGUCCAUGCUCUGGUCUCUCCCGUGCAUUUUUGUGUGCGAGAAUAACAUGUAUGGAAUGGGAACAUCUGCGGAGCGUUCCUCUGCCUCUGUCGACUACUAUUCAAGGGCGGGGUUCAUUCCAGGAAUACGAGUUGAUGCUCAGGAUGUUCUGGGGGUCAUUGAGGCCACCAGAUUUGCCAAAGCAUGGGCCUUGAGCGGACGGGGGCCCCUUGUGUUGGAGAUGAAGACGUAUCGUUAUCAAGGACACUCUGUGAGCGAUCCCGGGACGACCUAUCGAAACAGAGAUGAAGUCCAGAAAAUGAGGGACGAUCACGACCCCAUCACUCUUUUGCGAUCGAGAUUGCUUGAUGCAAAUUUGAGUACCGAGGCAGAGCUAACGAAAACGGAAAAAACAAUUCGUCAGGAGGUCGAAGAAGCGGCCGAACAGGCAAAGGCCGAUUCAGAUCCUGAUCUUUCUGUCCUCUUUGAAGACGUUUAUCUUCCAGGGUCUGACCCAGUUCCCCCAAACAGAGCCAUGUUGUGGUCUGAUGAUUGGACGCGGCCUCAAAGCGCUUAUUGGAUGGAAUUAAUUGCUAAUAUUGAAACUUUUAUUGGCCGUGAUUUAACUUUUACAGAUGAACAACGCGCUCCAUUUGUACAACCUUGCAAUGUCUAG